CACGCACCUUGGUUACGAGCAUCAACUCCGCUUGCGCGGUCCUUGAGCGAAAGACAGGCGGAUUAACGAUGCAUAUUUUAGCGUAUCUCGAAUAUUAGGAAUUUCUUAACACGUCCUUGACCUUCUUUAUCGGAUCUUGCUACUCCUAAUUUAACGCUUACGAGAUAUUUAUUACUUUGCGGGGUUGCAUCUGGGGAAGUGGGUCUGGUACCCGACAUGGUAUUCAAGCAACCCUCUGCACAUCGUGGAAGACGACGUUUGACAGCGCUUCUCGCGGUAUCAUUCGGGGUCAUAGCGAGUUAUGCGGAAGGUGGAGAAUCGUCGCGUGUUGUAAACUUCUCCGAUGUCGUGCAAGAUGUUAAAGAAAUCGCACCAGCCGGAGCAGAUUCGAGCAGUGAGCUCCAGAUGCUGAAUCAAGAGCAGGUCUCCAUUAUUUUACCAGCCUCGAGAAAACCAGAAAUCGUCGAAUCAGAGGCCCUUGAUUAUCAGCCACACGAAUCAUUCCCCGAGAUAGAUACUGUCGGGACACUCUCUGCCUUGAUAAAAGCCAUGGAUGUCAUGCAAUCCCAUUUUUUUGAGCUCUGGCAGGGUACAUGGCCAGAUGCCAUAGAUUGGACUGCUGCAGUAAUGGGAACACACGUUUCUGCAUGGCUGCAGACUCUCAGUUCAACACUUUCAGACGAUGUUCUAGGCUCGAGUGCGGCAAAUGCAGCAGCACUGGGGGAUGCUCGAGCGCAUGAGAAUAUAAUAAACCGUUAUUUCACGCAAAUCGGUGCUUUUUAUUUUGGGGAAAAUGCCUUUAGCUUGAGAAACCAGGCUUACGAUGAUAUGCUAUGGGUUGUUCUUGGGUGGCUGCACGCCAUCAAGUUUAUCUAUCAUCAUUCUUCACUCCAUUAUCAAGGCCAGUAUUCCGGGCCAGGUUCUUUUAACUCAACCGGCUGGUACGGUGCCCAAUUUAUCCCAUCAUUUGCUCAUCGUGCACGCGUCUUCUAUGAUUUGGCGUCGCAGGGUUGGGAUACAUCACUUUGUGGUGGCGGAAUGAUUUGGUCUCCCUAUCUUACGCCAUACAAAAAUGCUAUUACCAAUGAGCUUUUCAUAUCAGCAUCGGUGAGCAUGUAUCUCUACUUUCCAGGGGAUAAUAAUCCUUCACCUUUUGCGUCAGAGCUGCCUCAAGGAAGCCCUCGUCCCGCAAAACCUCAUGAUCCGGACUAUCUCAACUCGGCAAUUGAUGCAUAUGACUGGCUUAAACGAAGUAAUAUGACGAACGAGAAAGGAUUAUUUGUUGAUGGUUUUCACAUACGAGGCUGGGGGCAUGGAAGCAACCGCACUGGAACCGGAAAAUGCGAUGUAAGGAACGAGAUGGUGUAUACAUAUAAUCAAGGCGUACUCCUUUCUGGUCUAAGAGGCCUCUGGGAGGCCACGGGAGCCACAAGCUAUUUGGAAGAUGGACACAGACUUGUCCGAAAUGUCAUCGUUGCAACUGGAUUCCAAGAACCGUCAGGUAUCGAGAACGAUGGCAAAUGGGCUGGCCUGGGUCGCAACGGCAUACUCGAGGAUAUUUGCGACGCUGCUGGCUCGUGUUCGCAAAAUGGACAGACAUUCAAAGGCAUAUUCUUCCACCACUUGACUCUCUUCUGCGCUCCGCUUCCACCCGAACCGGAGAUCCCUGGAAUAAGCUUUGCGGCCUCGAAAGAACUGAGAGCUCUGCAUCGGCGCAGCUGCGCAGACUAUGGUCCCUGGAUCGCCAGGAAUGCUCGGGCUGCUCUUGGCACAAGAGAUAAGGAUGGUGAAUUUGGUAUGUGGUGGGGCCACGAAGCAUCAUCAGAAGCUGAAAGCCUUCCAGAGGGAAGCGUUGACUAUCGAAAUCUUGGAAUACCAGCUGAACCUUUAUGGCAAGGAACUAACGGCAGGUUUCUGCAACACCAGAACCCCCGUCCAAGGUCCUUGAAAAUGGAAAAUCUUCGCAGUCAACGCGAUGUCAAUGAUAGAGGUCGUGGUCGGACGGUUGAAACUCAAGGAGGAGGUGUUUCCGUGCUCCGCGCCCUUUGGGAGAUUGUCGAGUCUCAAUAAAUGAUUUUUGGUUACAUUCUAUUUUAUUUAUAUGAUUACAGUUUGGGAUAAAAUUUUUGGUGCCUACUUGUACAUAGUCCUUAUCCUCUUUAAAAAGAAAUAUUCGAUGUUCCAUUUUCCUUUUUCAGGCAC